CGAAGGAGGAAAACACCGCACGUAGGUUACAUGGAUUAAUUUAAAUGACGAGGCGUCAUCCAUAAAUCCAGCGCCGUCCAGACUGGAUUUCCCGGUGCUACGUGAACACGUCAGUAACUGCGGUAUUGACGCCGUUUUAUUCCGGAUGUCCGCGCGCGCGCGUUUGUUUUUAACCGAGUAGCCGUGUUUACGUCUUCUUGCUAGCUUAAGCCAUCGUAGCGUUAGCGGACCUGUCGUUGCUCUCCGUACGUCACUCCCGUGAGGGUAUCGCGCGGAGGGUUUUGUAAUUGUAAGGGUGGUGGAAACUAUGCUAAUUUAGUUCGUGUCGCUUCGUAGACCACAUUGCUCGUCAAAGACGAGGACAGAAGUGUGUCGUUUUUCCCUGAAAACGCUCGGAGCACAUUUGGGGAAACGGAACGCUGCGUCUCAACAAGUGGACACGAUGGGUGUGAUCUGGACUUCAGUCGCCACUCAGACAACACAGCAGAUACUUUGUAAAUAGCACUUCCUGCCAGCCGUUCGGCUCCACUACUUUUUCCCCUCCUUCUGCUGACUGGGCAGUUUACGAGCAGUAUCCUGCGUUUUGAAGUUGACCGAAGCUGAGGAAGUCUUCCUCGGGGUUUUUUUCGUUUUUUUUCUCUUAAACUUUUGUUUCAACACAACUUCUGUUUUUACUUUAACUUCGACUAAGCGACUCAGCUCAGCAGGGAUCCUCUUGUCUUCCUCCUGCACAGUGAAGGAUGAAUGGCCUCUCUCUCAGCGAGCUCUGCUGCCUUUUCUGCUGCCCGCCAUGUCCCGGUCGCAUCGCGGCCAAGCUCGCCUUCCUGCCCCCUGAGCCCACGUACGCCUUCCUUCCCGACACAGAGGCCGAACCUCCAGCGGCGGCCGCACUGACGACGACGACAACGGCACCGGCGGCAGGAGCAGCACCACCACCAGCAGCAGCAGCAGCAGGAGCAUCGGGGACAUCCAGCCUGCGGGCGCGGAGCGGUGCCUCGGGCGCCGGGAGCGGAGGGGCCGCCGCGUCUGUGGAGGGCCGAUGGAAGCUCCACCUGACGGAGCGAGCCGAGUUCCAGUACUCGCAGAGAGAGCUGGACACGACGGAGGUGUUCCUCACGCGAUCCAGCCGGGGCAACCAAAUCGGCUGCAUGUACAUUCGCUGUGUUCCCAACGCCAGGUUCACGGUGCUCUUCUCCCACGGCAACGCGGUCGACCUGGGCCAGAUGAGCAGCUUCUACAUCGGCCUCGGCACUCGCAUCAACUGCAACAUCUUCUCCUACGACUACUCCGGCUACGGCGCCAGCACUGGCAAGCCCUCCGAGAAGAACCUCUACGCGGACAUCGACGCUGCCUGGCACGCCCUGCGCUCGCGGUACGGCAUCAGCCCGGAGAACAUCAUCCUGUACGGCCAGAGCAUCGGGACGGUCCCCACCGUGGACCUGGCGUCCCGGUACGAGUGCGCCGCCGUGGUGCUUCACUCCCCUCUGACCUCCGGCAUGCGAGUGGCCUUUCCCGACACCAAGAAGACCUAUUGCUUCGACGCGUUCCCCAACAUUGAGAAAGUGUCCAAAAUCACGUCCCCGGUGCUCAUCAUCCACGGCACGGAGGACGAGGUCAUCGACUUCUCCCACGGCCUGGCUCUGUUCGAGCGCUGCCCCAAAGCCGUGGAGCCGCUCUGGGUGGAGGGGGCGGGGCAUAACGACAUUGAGCUGUACAGCCAGUAUCUGGAGCGCCUGCGCCGCUUCAUAGGACAGGAGUUGGCCGUGCCGCACGCCUGACCGCCACCACCCGGAUCAUCAUCACCACGACCACCAACAUCAUCAUCAUCAACAUCAUCAUCAUCACCAUUUGUCCGAGAGUCAUCUAAACCGUCCCUCAGCUUACCACGGCUGUAGUGCUUUGUUUCCGGGGCACUGGGCGCCUUUAAUGGGCCGUCGAUUAGAAGUGUGUGUGUGUGUGUGUGCGUGUGUGUGAAAGACCUUUUCACAAACUGCACUUCGACUUUUUCUUUAUUUUUUUAGCCGUUACCUUCAGACUACAUCUAUUCCUCUACUGUGCAAUAAUGUGGACAGGGGGGGGGGGGGGGAAGCCGUUAAAUGAUUAAAGGAGAUUUAACAGAACAACACUUAAUCGUGUAGAUCCAUCGUGGUCCACGUGGAAAAUCUCUUUUUAUUUCCCAGCCUACUCAUAGAGUUUUUGUGAUUUUUUUCUUUUACUGUUAACCUGAGUUAAAUGCAUAAUCGUUGGAAACACUAAACGACGCCCUCGGAAAAAAAUGCUCGUGGCGUAUUUCUUUUUUUUUAAAUUUUAUUUAGGAUAAUUUUUCUUAACACCCGUUUGAAUUGCAAACAAGUUUGCAACUAAUUUUUCUGCCGUUUCUAUUAGUGCUCCUGUACAAUGUAAUGCAACCCAAUGUAAAGCCUGGCGACAAACAGAAGGGAUGAUUUAACCAUGUGACUGAUGAUUUUAUCAUGAUGUAGUUUUUAGCAUGAUGUUGUGGUGCUGGACUGCAUUAUAUUGACCGGUGUUCUUAAUAUCUGAUCACCUCAUGUAUGCAAUAGAUACAUACAUGCAUCAUUCAGUUUCUUUUGCUCAGGUAACUUUUAGACACUUGGGUAAGUGUGUUCCACAUUUAUUUGUGUUUUUUUAUGCUGUUUUUACCUGCGAGUAAUGAAGCAAACUAUGAUCCCCAAACUGAGGUACAGGCCGUCUGCUCGGCAACCGCAUCCCGUCUCCCGGUAACGGCGUGCCGAUUGGCCCGCGGGCAAAGAAGUCCAAGAGCCUCGGAAAAAGAAAAGAGAAAAAUACCUCAAGCUACGUCAUCGAGUGGAAUGUCUGAGAGUCUCGUUUUUUUUUUUUUUGUCUCGCUGGCGUUGUUUACGUCUCGCCCCGAGUCGGUCGCAGCGGUCUCCGUGUCUGGAACAGAGAAGAGACGCUAAAAGGAAAACAGGCCUCUGAGGUCUACCUCCAGACACUUAAAAAAAAAAAACUCUGACAGCCAUCUUACUCGCUGCAGUUUUGUCCAUCUGAGACGUGACGUGGAGCGAUUCUGUUUUUUUCUUUCUCUUAUAAUCUUUCGUCAACCUUGAGUACACACACUUCCCACUUUUCUACACUAAUGAGGUUUUGGCGCGGUGCCGAAGGUCAAAGGGCACGCGGCGCGUCGACAGCGUUCGCACGCCGACGCCAUCCUGCUGCUCUUCUGUACCGCAGGGUAAAAACAAAAAAAGAGAGUAAGCAGGGUGUGUUUUUGUUUAGUUUUUUCAAUGAAGAAAAUUCCUCAAGUACUCAGUGGUUUACGGCCUCUACAUGAACCGUGUCUCAUCAACUCUAUUGUUUGUUUGUACACGGCGUCGACGACAGGAGGGGUACGCGCUCUUUUCUCGCUGCUGGUGAGACUUUUCUAACCGUUGCAAACUGUCUGGAGCACGUUUUACUUUUCUUUUUUUUGCGAUGUGUUCUUUUUGCGCUGAUUAUUAUAUUUCGGGGGAUAUCACCAACUAGUAGACGGGAAAUUGUCCCGUUUUUACUGCAAAGGCCAUUUUUAUUUGCUCAUAAUAACCAGGAUGCAAAAAUAACUGGUUUGGAAUCAUUUCCGCCGGAUGCCCUGUUUUUAUCUUCAUGUUUCUAUUGAGAUAAAUUCUGUUUGUUAGAUUCUGUGGGAGUCCUCUGCGCUCGCACUCAUGUUUCUGAGCUGCAGGCUGAGGCGUCCGGAUUAAAAGGUGCAACACUCCCCCAAGCCGCAGAGGGUUGGAGCCCAAAUUCUGAUGCGUGUAAAAUUCAAAUGUAUAGCUUAAAAAAUGGGGCGGAACAAAGUGUUUCACAUGAGCCGGGGUGUUGCUCCUAUUUCAAACCUCUCGGUGGAAAGAUGAGAUCACGUCUUUUUUUGUUGGUUUUCUUGUGUACAUAUGAACCAAAGUGUAGCUUUUUGUUUUUAGGGCUUUACCCAGUGUACCUGCUGAUUCUGUCGGUGUCUUCGUAACCAAAGGCGAACAUGUUCUUUUUAUCAGAUGUGUUUUCAUCUCUGUGGUUGGCGCCGUCUUUUUCCACUAGUUUCAUGUGACCAUUUGUCAUAUUGCUAAAUCAUAGUUUUAUCAUCUGAGUUUGAGCAGCAUAAUGUUUUUUUUCUUCGUCUUUUUCUCCUUUCUUUAAAAAAAAUAAUUUAUCAUUUGUGAAGAACAACUUUCACGCUGUGAGUUUGGACAUGGUUCUGGAAAAAUGAGCGUGGAAUGAUUUCAAAGAACAAUUAAAGAGGAACUUCAAGCUGACCAAUGAAAAGCUUUUGUUUUGUUAAAAAAGAAAAGAAAACUGUCAAACUGUUUUAUUCCCAUGUUUUUGUUUUCUCGUCACAAAUUGUUAGCCAUUGUUUAUUUUACGGACUCAUUUUUAGCUUUUGGAGAUUGUCUUUUUUUUUUGACGCUAAUUGAAGAGAAGUUAAUAAAACAUAAUCAUAAAUUGAUAA